CAACAGCUUUUCAUCAGUGUCAUCAUGGAGUUUGAAGGAGAGAUCCUGAUGAAGGACCACUUGAAGACCAUGGCUGACAUGAUGAUAUUCUGCACAACUCUGGCCAUCUCCAUAUCAUGCUGGGCUGUGUCUCUGGUGGCAAGCAGUUACUCUGGCACCCUGCAGCCUGUAUCGCCUUGGCGCUGCCUAUUUUCAGUACUCGUCCCCCUAACCCUCACCACCCGAGCGAUGAGCAACAAGAGCUUGGACCGCAGCGGAGCCCUGGGGGGAAUGCUGGUGGGAUUCAUCCUGUCCAUGGCCAACCUCAGCUUCUUCUCAGCCCUCCUCGCACUCUUUAUCUCUUCCUCCAGAAUUAGGAGGUGGAAGUCUCAAAUGAGUCAGCACGUGGGAGCGGAGAGUAAAGGUAAAAACAGGACCUGCAUUCCUGUGAUCCGUGUCGGGGGCAUCCCCACAGAGCUGGCCCUGCUCUACAUGGUGGAGUCGGGGCCCAGGGAGACGGCGCUGGACUUCGUGGGGCAGUACACGGCUACCUGGCUCUGCCUGGCCCUGCUGGGGGCGCUGGCCAGCACCGCCGGGCACGUCUGGGCCUCCGAGCUGGGCCCCGUCCUCAGCAAGACCCCGCCCCACCUCGUCACCUCCUGGAAGGAGGUCCCUGUUGGUACACAUGGGGGGGUCACUCCCAUGGGCCUAGCAGCCAGCUUCCUGGGCGGGAUGACGCUGGGUGCGGCAUAUUUCAUCACCCAGCUCCUAUUGGCCAGUGACCUGAGCCAGGCAGCUCCCCAGUGGCCGGUGGUUCUGUACGGGGGCGUGGCAGGACUUGCGGGGUCACUGCUGAGGUCGUACCUGGGAGCUCGAGCGCAGUACUCAGGUUAUGAAGUGAAGACGGGGGAGGUGGUGAGUCAUGAGACCAGGACCAGUAAGAGGAUAAGUGGUAAACCCAUUCUGGAGGACAACACCGCCAGUCUCUUCUCCUCCAUGUUAAUCGCUUGGCUGUUGCCUGGUAUCGCAUGGGGCUACUGGCCCGAGCAUUAA